ACCUCUCUCUCUCUCUCUCUCUCUCUCUCUCUGCUUCUCAACCACGGCUUCUGCUCUUCUUCAUCAAUCGGACAGCUAAAAAAGAGAGAUGAGUCGGUGCGUUCCAAGCUGGGACCUCGACGACCAUCUUCUCCACCGCCAUCACCACCAUAAUACAACUCUUCCGUCCUCCGCCGCCACCGCCGACGCCACGUCAGUGGACUACGACGUCACGGAGCUGACUUGGAACGACGUCGGUCACCUAACCGUUCUAGGCCUCGGCAAACCCAUCCCCCGUUACCCAUCUACCGCCGCUUCCACUGAGGCAGCCAGCAAAAGCGGCUGCAGCGGCGGCGGCGGCACACUUGAGAGCAUCGUUGACCAGGCACGCAGCGGGAGCCACCAAGCCGCAGCCGACGCGAUGGUUCCCUGUUCCGACGCCAGCCCGAGAAAGCCGACCAGGGUCGACGGUACGAACUGCACGAGUACUCAGGGGAGCGCGACACCAACGGUGGCGGCGGGGAAGAGGACAUCGCCCCUGCCGUUGGCGGGAGAUGAGGAUGAAGAGCGUUCUGGUGGUGAUAGAGCGUCUCCGGAGACGGAAAACGGUAGCUUCGCCGGAGAGAGGCCGUUGGGUGUUGACGAGCAUGAUUCCAUUAGCCAUACUCUGCGCUCUCAGCGGAAUGGAUUGGAAGAAAGAGGGAUAACGCCCAUCUCAGCUAAGAGAAGCCGAGAAGCAGCUGUCCACAACCAAUCAGAACGUAAAAGGAGGGACAGGAUCAACCAAAAGAUGAAAACUCUGCAAAAGCUUCUUCCCAACUCCAGCAAGACUGAUAAGGCUUCCAUGCUGGAUGAGGUGAUCGAAUAUCUCAAGCUGCUGCAAGCUCAGGUUCAGAUGAUGAGCAGGAUGAGCACCAUUCCGACCAUGAUACUUCCAUUUGCCAUGCAGAAUCAACAGCUUCAACUAUCGAUGAUAGCCCAGAUGGCUCAAAUAACCCGAAUGGGCUUGAGCCUCGGCAUGGUUGACCCGGGCUUGCUGAACCCGGCACCUCCGCCGCCGCCAAUUCUCCACCCUUCCACCUUCCUCCCUCUUCCAUCCACAGCUGCAGGUGCUUGGGAUGCCCGGGCAACAGAAUGGAUGCAGCAGCAGGGCCGCCGGCUCCUCCCCGACAUGCUCCCGGCUUUCAUGGGUUGCCCCACCCAGCAGCAACCAAUGAGCUCAGAGGCAUACAGCAGGUUGGCUACAUUAUACCAGCAGCUCUAUCAGCAGCCUCUUGGAUCCAACCAGAAGCCUUGAAUUACUUUACUAAAGUAUGCAUUCGUUGCUGUUAGGCUUCAUUAAGAAAGCCGUCUCAAACGAAGCCUUAUUUAAUUCUAUCACAAUGGACGUAAUUAGAACAAGAUAGUUAUUGUGCCUACUAUGUCUUUAACAUUGUCUACUAUCAAAAUGGUAGUAGUAUUUAUGUAAUAUGUCUGUAAUGUUUGACAAUGUUGUUUGUUUAUAUUAAUUUUUUUAGAUAA